AUGACUUCCGUUGAGCAGAAGAGUGAAGAUGACCAGGUUGAAACAGAUAAUCCUAGCAACAGCUCACUUCUUUCCCCUCCUUUAGCUUAUAAAGCUCGUAUAAGAUUUAACUCUUCUAAGACGCCCACUUUUGAAGGAAUUGACGAGGAAAAUGAAGACUUAUCUAGUAAUUCAAGUGUUGACGCAGUCGUAAAAGAAUCAAACCACAAUAACUCUAAGACAGAUGAAACUGAUGCGAAAUCACUCAAAUCCAUAGAUCAGACUGAACCAGAAACUCCGAAAAGAAAUAAGCGUAUAUCGGAAAGUAGUUCUGAAGACGUAGAAGUAAAUCAAAGAUCAAUUCUGAAGACAGCUAACAAGAAUCGGCCUACUCUCGGCCGGCAUUUAUCAUUUGACUCUCAACUUCCAAAUAAUACAAUAGGAUCUCAACCCAAUAUUUCUAUAAAAGCAGAAGACGACAAAGAUGCCGUCGACAAAUAUUAUGAAAGGAAUAACUAUACAAUUACAGGUAUUUAUGAGAAGAACCAAGAUACUUUUCGUAACCUACCUGACUAUCUACGACGUGAACAGAACCGUCGUCAAUCAACCAGUCAGAAGAGCAUGAGUCGAUGUAGCUAUGCAAAACCUGAGCCAAUUAGUGGUUAUCACGCAAAAAAACGAUUUCGCAAAUCGUUCUAUUUCCUUCUGCACAAUCGAAAGCGAAUAGGCUUUCGACAUAUGUUCCUGUUGAUGGCUGUUCUUGCAUAUACCAUAUUUGGUGGUUUCGUAUUUUAUUAUAUUGAAGGAAGAAACGAAUUAGAGACGGUCACAGCUCGAAAAGCUUAUCUGGAUGAUACAAUUAUGAAAAUGGCAUCAGAAAUGACAGAUCGUAUCAAUGAUCCUUUGAUAUUCGUAAACGACACAUUAAUGGAGGAAUAUUUACGAUCUGCUUAUAUUAAAUUAUUAUCACUCGAAUCAGCUUAUGAAGGAAGUACUUUGUAUAAGGCGGAAGAUCCCGAAAACAACUUCAAGUGGACUUUUGCCAGUGCAUUCUUCUUUUCAAUGAAUGUAUAUACUACAACAGGAUAUGGGUCAAUUGCUCCUACAACUACAGAAGGAAAAGUUUGUACAAUAAUAUAUGGUUUUAUUUUUGUGCCAUUAACAUUGGUAGUGAUUAGGGAUCUUGGUCAGCUGGCACUUGUUUAUUGUACAAAGAUAUAUGCAAUUAUAAUUUUUAAACUCAAAACUGCCCGCGGAUAUGCUGACGGCAAAGACGACGACAUUAUUUCUUUGCCAAUCAAAUUUUGUCUUUCAAUAUUGGCAGGUUAUUUAAUGUUUGCUUCGUUAUUCGUUUAUGAAUAUGAUGCGUUGUCUGGUCCACCUGGUUCUGGAAUUGAUUUCUUCAACUCAUUUUAUUUUUCAUUCAUAUCAAUCACAACAAUUGGCUUAGGUGAUAUAAUGCCAAACAAUGUGCCGUUUACACCAUUAAUAUCAAUCAUAUUCUUUCUUGGAUUACCGUUGAUGAAAGUCGUCAACAGAGUCACAUACGUUUGUCUUGAAAACGGAGUGUUUGCCACUAUGACUGUAAUGGAAAAUAGGCUUGAUCAACUGCUUGGAAAUGAUACUUCUAUUCAGCUUGAUGCAGAGAGAGGAAGAGUUAGUCGAGCACCGUCUAUUCAAGUUCAACAACCAGCCGCAGAUGGUAGAAGUUCAGCUAGUGGUUUACAAGAUGGAGGAGCUGACUCAUCCGAUAAUGAGGGAGAAAUACCAAAUGAAUGGAUUAACAACUUUACAAUUCGCUCAAUUGCGACAUUUAUGCGAUCAAGUGGUGAUGUAUACGGAGGAGGAUUUGGCCGUGUUAAUCUACGUCGUGCUGAUAUCCUUCCAUGCAAUAAUCAAGAUACUGUUCGAUCAUCUAUACAGUAA